AUGGCUCCCACACAGCAGGCUGGGUGGAGGAACGCUCCCUCCGCAGAUGAUAUUGCGCGCCGUCAGACUGUCGGCAUCAACAAGGAAACUGUCUCGCACAUUUCCUCUACCGACUACCCCGGACAUCACCCUGGCGAGGAUCUUGCCUUCUCCGUUGAUCGCUUUCGCGACGCCUUUUCUGUAAACUUCCACCAGAACGACCAGUUCCUCUCUUCUUUCUCUCUCGUUGGAAUCGAUGCCUCGCUCGCAAACGCUUUCCGUCGUAUCAUGCUCUCCGAGAUUCCUACACUCGCUAUCGAGAAUGUCUACAUCGAAAACAAUACCUCGGUCAUUCAGGACGAGGUCCUCGCCCACCGCCUUGGUCUUAUCCCCUUCAAAGGUGGUCGCGAAGGUCUGCAUAACUUCCUCAAGUGGCACAAGAAGCCAGAGGCUGGCGAAGACCCUUAUGCCGGUUGCUUUGACUACAACACUGUUCGUCUCGAGCUCAAUGUGACGUGUACCGUCAACAAGGAUGCCUCGCCUUCCGAGAACGACCCUCUCAAGGCGUACCAUAACGCUCACGUUUAUGCGCGCGACAUCGUCUUUGUGCCCACGGGCAAGCAGGUCGAAUACUUUAGCGGCGAAGACGCUAUUGCGCCCACGAACCCUGGUAUCUUGAUUGCCAAGCUACGACCCCGACAGACCAUCAACCUCUCCAUGCACAUGCACAAGGGCGUUGGAUCCGAUCACGCCAAGUUUUCUCCCGUUGCCACAGCCUCUUACCGCCUGCUACCUACCAUUACGAUCACCAAGCCCAUUCUCGGAGCCGACGCCGAAAAGUUUGCCAAGUGCUUCCCCAAGGGUGUUAUUGGCCUUGAGAAGGUCACGGCCGAGGAUGCUGCCCAGACUGGCAGCGGUUAUGAGGGCCACAAGGGCGAGACCAAGGCUGUGGUCGUUGAUGCCAUGAAGGAUACGGUUAGCCGAGAGGCUCUACGCCAUGAAGAGUUUGCCGGUAAGGUGAAGCUAGGCCGAAGACGGGACCACUUCAUCUUCUCUGUCGAGAGCACGGGGCAGUGGGAUAGUGAUGAGCUCUUCCUUGAGUCAGUUAAGCAUCUAAAGCUCAAGUGCAAGAAGCUUGAGCAGCAAGUUAUCAACAUGGUGCGGUAA